AUGCCUUCCCUGUCAGCCCUUCUUGGGGUUGGCGCUGCCACUCUUUUCUCGGUCGCUUCUGCCACCAAGUAUACUGUCCAGGAUACCUACGCUGGUUCUUCGUUCUUCGAUCACUUCAACUUCGGCACUGAGGAGAAGACGAAUGGUUUUGUCAAAUAUGUUGACCGCGCAACCGCCAAGGAUAAGGGUUACAUCAGUUACGAAGGCGGCGACGCGAUCUUUGGUGUUGACUACAAGUCCAAGCUGAACAGCGGAGACGGAGGUGACAUCGGUCGCGAGAGUGUUCGUCUCGAGGGAAAGACGGAGUACAACAAGGGGCUCUUCGUACUCGACAUCAAGCACAUGCCCGGUGGCAUCUGUGGUACCUGGCCUUCCUUCUGGUCUCUCGGCCGCGAGCCAUGGCCUGUCAAAGGAGAGAUCGAUAUCAUCGAAGGUGUCAACAAGAACUCGGUUAACAGCUUCGUACUGCACACCAACACCAACUGCAAGACCGAAGGUAAGGGCCAGAGCGGAGUCCAAGCUCUCAAGGACUGCGCUAUCGACGGCCCCUAUGGUACCACUGGCUGUGGUGUGACCGACACCAGUUCCAGCUCCUACGGGGCUGGCUUCAACGCCAACAACGGCGGUUACUACGUUACGGAGUGGCAGGCUGAGGGCAUCAAGAUCUGGUUCUUCCCUCGUGGCAGCGAGCCGAAGAGUCUCACGUCGAGCUCGCCCGAUACAGCCGAGUUCGGAACUCCCAAUGCCAACUUCCAAGGUGAUUGCGACAUCGAGAAGCGCUUCAUGGACCAGCGCUUCAUCUUCACCAACACCUUCUGCGGCGACUGGGGUGGCAACGUCUAUGCCCAGUCCGGCUGCCCUAUGUACGACGGUCUCAGCGGCAUGGCUUCUUGCAAAAAGUACGUUGCUGAGCACCCUGAAGUCUUUAAAGAUGCGUACUGGCGCGUCAGCUCGUUCAAGACAUAC